UACUUAAUAUUCAAAAAAAGAACCGUCAAACUUAACAAAAUACAACUUAUAUCGUAGAAGUGUUUGUAUUGUCGAAAUUUUGUAACAAAUUUUAUUUUGAUAGCCCCGUGCCUUUAUUUUUGAAGUGUUAUAAAAGCGAAUUUCUCCUACUAUGCGACAAAUAUACCAGUGCAGUGGGCCGCAGUGUGUGUGCUGUGUAGAUAGACGAAGCGUUCAUUUGACGCCGCUUCCGAUGGAGCGCCUCGCUGACGAGAUAGACAAAAUGGAGGAGCAGGAGAACGAAACGGGCCCCGGCGUGCCCGACAUGACGAUGAUGCCGGAAAUCACGGAGCACGCGAUCAACGACAACCUCAAGCGGCGGUACAAGCAUGACCUCGUCUAUACAUACACCGGUUCAAUUCUCGUUGCGGUGAAUCCGUACAAGGAGUUGGGAUGCUACACAAUGGAUCACAUGCAAAACUACAGGAACAAAGCGUUCGGGAACAUGCCGCCGCAUGUGUUUGCGCUGGCCGAAUCUGCAUACAGUUCGUUACAAAACGGCGAGAAGAACCAAUCGGUGGUGAUAUCUGGCGAGAGUGGAGCCGGCAAGACCGAAACCACUAAACUGAUUCUGCAGUAUUUGUGCGCGGCAGGUGGACAAGCCUCUUGGGCUGAGCAGCAGAUCCUAGAAGCUAAUACAGUUUUGGAAGCGUUUGGCAACGCAAAGACGGUCCGUAACGACAACUCGUCCCGUUUCGGCAAGUUCGUGGAGGUGCGACUGGACCAUCGGGGGGGCAUCCGUGGCGCGGUGCUGCGCGACUUCCUGCUGGAACGCGCCAGGAUCACGGGGCCGGCGCCGCGCGAGACGAACUACCACGUGUUCUACCAGCUCGUCGAAGGGGCUAAGCACAAUGUCGAACUGCGCAACACACUUCGCCUGCGCGACGGCGUGCAGUUCAAGUACCUGCGCCCCGAAGACGAGGAGUCGCGACGUGUUCGCGCCUGCGAGCAGGGACGGCUGGAGGCUCUGCAGCUGGCGCUCACCGUGCUCCAGGUGCCGCCGCACAUGUGCGAGGGACUGUUCAAAGUGCUCGCCGCCGUGCUGUGGCUCGGGAAUAUACAGUUUCAGGACGUGGACGGCGAGCGUUCAGCGCUGGCCCCCGAAGACGCCGAGGCGGUGGAGGCGGUGGCGAGCCUGCUCGGACUCGCGCCGCCCACCGCGCAGCGCGUGCUGCUCGAGCGGCAGAUCAACGUGCGCGGCAACGUCACCGACAUACCGCUGCGGCUGCACGACGCGCGCGAGAACCGUCACGCGAUGGCGCGCGCGCUGUACGCGCGCACGUUCGCGUGGCUGGUGCGGCACGUGAACAGCUGCUCGGCGCCGGGCCGCGAGGCGGCGCGCGCGCUCGGCGUGCUCGACAUCUUCGGCUUCGAGAACUUCGCCAGCAACUCGCUCGAGCAGCUCUGCAUCAACUACGCCAACGAGAAGCUACACAUGUUCUUCAAUAAUUACGUCUUCGCGCUUGAACAGGAAAUUUACCGUCAGGAAGGCAUAGUUUACAACCAAAUACAGUUCACGGACAAUGCUGCGUGUCUCGAGCUGCUGGAAAAGCCGCCGCGGUGCCUGCUCAAACUGCUCAGCGAACAAUGUCACAUGCCCAAGGGCUCCGACAACGCGUACCUGACCAACAUACAAAGCGAGUUCGGCGAACAUCAAAGCUUCGUGAAGGGUUCGCGGCGCAAGUGGGAAGAGGAGUUCGGAGUGCAGCACUACGCGGGCGCCGUGUCGUACAGCGUGCAGGGAUUCGUCGACAAAAACCGGGACACGCAACAGGACGCGUUCAUCGAUCAUCUAAGCAGGUCCGCGAAUCCGUUCGUGCGGGAGCUGGCUGAUUACGUGCAGGACUUGGCGCCUCCGGGACAUGACUUGUCUCUAUCGAGCCCGAACUCGACUGGCACGACUCAGCGCGGCACGUCUAAGGGGCGGCCCACAGUGGUGGACACGUUCAGAGCGCAGCUGCAGUCGUUGGUGGACAUGUUGCAAGUUACUGACGUGUGGUACGUGCGCUGCAUAAAACCAAACGAAAAUAAGGAGGCGGGCAAGUACAGCGACCACCUGGUCCUGGAACAGCUGCGGUACCUCGGCAUGAACGAGAUCGUGCGCAUACGCCGCGACGGGUACCCGGUGCACCUGCCCACGCCGCUGUUCCAGGCGCGGUACCGGUGUCUGCUGCCGCAUCCGAGGCCCGCGCAGCCGGAGAUCGGAACCAUAAUGGAGCUGGUGAAUGCGCCGAAAAACGACUGGCAGAUUGGUCACACGAAGAUAUUCAUGAGGACGUCGGUGCACUCGCCGCUCGAGGCCAAGCGGACAGCGCUGUUGCAGUCUUCCGCUCUGCUCAUACAAAAGUGGUACAAGGGCGUGGUGAAGCGCCGUCAGUACGUGCAGUGGCGCAGCGCGGCGGUGGUGCUGCAAGCGGCGUGGCGCGGCUGGAAGGAGCGCUGCACGUUCCUGCGUCUGCGCCGCGCCGCGCUCACCCUGCAGCGGCAUCUGCGCGGCGCCUUCGCCAGGGAGGUCGCCGCUGCGCUGCGAGAGAUGCGACGCGUCAACCAAGAGAUCAAAUUGAGAGAGGAGAGGAACAGUCUCCAAGAGAAAGCGAACCAAGAGCGAGCAGAAUUAGAAACGAUGGCGGACCAGCUGCGCGGCCUCUCGUGCGCGAACAACGCGCGCGCCGAGUCCGUGAACCUGGACAACCUGUUCGACUUCCUGGCGGACGUGCCCACGCAGCGCGGCGCGCCCGACGGCGAGCCCGACGCGCACCAGCCCACCAUCGCCGAGAUCGGAGACUCCAUGGACCGGCUGGCCGACGAUCUUCAUCAGGAGCUGGAGCACGUACUGGCAGCGGAGAUGAACGAACUGAGCAAAUCGCACACAGAAGCGCAGCGCAAGCCGGACGGAGCCCCAUCAGAUGCAAUACCACCGCCGCCACCGAACACGCUCCCCCUGCAGUCAUGCAUCUCACCACCCGCAUCGAUGACGGCAUCGUUGAACGGUAUGACGUCAUCGCUGACGAACGGCUCGUCGCCGCUGUCGAACGGGGACGCGAUGACGUCAUCCUUGAUACUGCCACCGCCGCCGCCCGAGGAGCCACCUGAAGAGUCACCGGUGUUCCCUCCGCCGCCGAUGAGUACUCUGCCGGAGCCUGUUGGACCUCCGCCACCGCCGCCGGCUAAAGACACAACACCACCAGAGUUGACGAACGGAGUGAUCCCUAACGGCAAGCUGGCGGUGUUGAACGGCAAGGAGCCGAUAUACGAGUCGGUGAUACCGCGGCCGCCUUCCGAAGUGCCGGUGAAGGAGGCGCCGCUGUCCCCGCCGCCGCCGCCCCAACUGCCUCCAGAAAACAAUGGAUUUGCCAGUAAAGAAGUGGAUGAUGAGCCGUCAGAAGCUCCCCUACCGCCGCUGCCAAACAACGCAACACAAGAGAACACCCCGUCGCCGCCCGCCUUACCUAUGGACACGUGCAUAAGCCCGCCGCCCACUAUGAACGGGGACUCUGUUAGCACGGACCGCAGCCUGCGGCGGCGCGAGCGCGUGGAGCGGCGGCUGAUCCAGCUGGAGGCGCCGGCGCCCGCCACGCCGCCCGCCGACACGCCGCCCGACCUCGCCGAGUUCGCCAAGCUCUUCUUCAACGAUCAUCCGCGCUCGCCAGAAGGGACAAUAAUCGCAACGUUGACGCGCAAGAGCAAGUCGAUGGAGAUGCUGACCAAAGAGGAGAUGGUCACCUACCACAAGGGCAACAACAUACCCACCUCGCACAUACAACUGCACGACCCGGAGAGCGUCACGGCCGCUGUUAAUAUUUUUCGAGAAUUAUGCCGUUACAUGCGAGGCGAGCUGACAUCCGAGAAGGAAACCCAAGUGAUCCAGUCACUGAUCGCCAAGGGAUUGGAGCGCGAGGAACUCCGGGACGAAAUCAUAGUGCAGUGUGUCAGACAGAUAACGGAGUGUCCGGUGGAGGAGUGGGCGGAGCGCGUGUGGCUGAUCCUGUGCCUGUGCGCGGUGGCGUGGCAGCCCAGCCGCGGCCUGGCGCGCUACUACAGCGCCUGGCUGCGGGCCCGCGCGCGCCUCGUGUCGCCCGCCGCCGCCACCUCGCCCUCCGAGCCCGCCGCCCGCGCCGCGCACUGCGCGCAGUGGUGCCUCGACAACUGCCGCGGCGCCGCGCCGAGGCACCUGCCGCCCAGCACCGUCGAGAUCGCUGCGAUGCGCCGCCUCGGCACGAUAGUGUGCCGAUUCUUCUUCCUGGACGGGCGCACGAAGGCGAUCGACGUGCACCCGGCGGACACGGCGGCGGCGGCGGCGGCGCGGCUGGCGGACAAGCUGGGCCUGGCGCCGCACGCGCGCGCCGGCUGGGCCGUGUACCAGCAGCGCGCAGGCGCCGAGGAGCACGUGCGCCCCACACACUACUUGUACGAUGUCAUCGCUGCUUGGGAAAUGCAACAAGGUCCGGGUGGCGGUUCGGCAGACAACCGAUUCGUGUUCAAACGACGUUUGUUCCGCGGUGGGAGGGAACUACCCCAUGACCCCAUCGAAGUAGCACUACUGUACGCUCAAGCCGUACACAGCGUCGUCAAGCUGGACGAGUUCCCCGUGUCGGAGAAGGUGGCGCUGCAGCUGGCGGGGCUGCAGGCGCAGGUGUCGCUGGGCGAGCCGCCGCCGAGCCCGCCGCCGCCGCACACGCGCGCCUACUACGCGCACCCCGACCAGUUCCUGCCGCAGCGCAUCGCACGCGCACGGCCCGCGCACCAGUGGGCCACGAUCCUUGCGCAAGCGCAUCGACAGUACGGCGCGGGGCGGGCCGAGUUAACCGCUAAAGCGCUGUACCUGUCGUGCGUCAUGCAGUACCCGCUGUACGGGGUCACACUGUUCCCUGUCACGUACAAGGGAUACUGGGCUCAUGGUCCCAACGUGUUACUGGGCGUCGGCUCCGAGGGCGUGGUGCUCGUCCGCCCUGCCGACAAGGUGGUACUCGCCGAAUACCCGUACAACACGAUCGCGGCGCUGCUCAUGGAUCCCGUGGACAACGGGCUCACCAUUAGCCUCACGCACCACGGACAGCAUGACGGGCUCAGGUGCAUAGUGCUGGAGUCUGCGCAGAAGCAGGAGGCGGCGUGGCUGAUGGCGGCGUACAGCCCGGCGCUGGGCAGCGGGCUGGCGGACGAGCCGCCGCGCCGCGCCGCGCCUGCCGCCGAGCGCGCGCGCCUGGCCGCCGCCCUGCGCGCCGCGCGCCGCGCGCUCGUCGACUCCGCGCUGCUGCGCCGCCCCGCCGACCUCUCCGCCGGCAACUUCCUGCGCAACACCUUGCGCAGGUUAAGCAAGCACAAGCUAGAGAAGUUGCGGAUGGACAUCGCGGCAGAGUCACAAGGCGAGUCUUAUAAGGGCUUCCCAGCCGCAUACUGGUGCUGGUCGCGUACAUUACCGCACUCUCUCACCAAGCUCAAUGAGGCCGAAGAGGUCGCCGCAAUGCAGAUAUUCAAGGACAUCAUGAGUCAUGCUGGUCUGACUACGAACGAAGGGAGCACCAAUAACUUGGCGAACAAUAAUAGUAUCAGCAGCCAGGAGAGCGAGAGCGACGACCGCGUUGCGCUUGCGCAAGCGUUGUUACAGCGCUGCCUGCAAAAGGACACGUUACUCAACGAGUUGUAUAUGCAACUCAUCAAGCAGACGACGGAGCACCCGGAGCCGUCGUCGCGCGUGUCGGCGCGGCACUGGGCGCUGCUGUGCGCGGCGGUGGGCGCGGCGCUGCCGGCCGCCAAGCCGCUGCGGCGCGUGCUGCUGGCGCACCUGCGCUACCGCCAGGCCGCGCUCUCCGCUGGCGAGGACGCCAAGUUCGCACGCCGCGCUGAACAGGUGGCUCUAAGCAUAGCGCAAGUGCCGCGUCGUCUGGCGGCGCCGUCCAAGGAGGAGAUCCUGUGCGCGGCGGCGCGGCGUCCGCUGCAUGUGCGCGUGCUGCUGCUGGACGGCAAGCAGCACGGCCUGGUGUUCGGGCCCGCCGCCACCGCCGACCACCUCGUCACCAUGCUCAGGGAGAAGAUCGGGCUCAGCGACGCGGCCACGGGUUACGCGUUGUACGAGGUGUGCGGCGGGUCGGGCGCGGGCGGCAGUGCGGGCGAGCGCGCGCUGGCGGGCGCCGAGCGCGUCGGCGACGUGCUCGCACGCUGGGAGCGCGCCGGCGCCUCCGCCGCCGCCUGCAGACUGGUGUUCAAGAAGCGCUUGUUCCUCGGCGAACGGCCGCUGCAAACGUCGUGUCCGGCGGAAAUGGAACUAUUGUACUACCAAGUGCUACACUCGGUGCGACACGACCGGCUGCCGAUAGAGACCGACGAGGCUGUGAUGCUGGCGGCGCUGCACGCGCAGGUGGUGGGCGGCGAGUGUCUCGGCGGCGGCGAGGAGUGCGCGGCGGCGGCGGGCGCCGUGCUGCCCCCGCGCCUCGCCUCCCCCGCGCUGCCCGCGCCCGCCGUGCGCCUGCACCACCAGCUGCGCGGCACCGAGCCGCACGCCGCCAUGCAGCGCGCCCUCACGCUCGCCGCCUCCUGGCCGCUCACCAGGGCCACCAUCUUCGACGUCAUGCAAUCGUUCACAUCAAACUGGCCACGUGCGUUGUGGCUGGCGGUGGACGCGCGUGGGCUGACGCUGCUGCGGCGCGGCGCACGCGCAGCACUGGUAUCGCACGACCACGACCAGCUGCUCGCCGUGUCGCCCGCGCCGCGUGCCCUGUUGCUCGUCACGCGCGCCGAUCGUAAGCACGCCAAGCUCGUGCUCUCCACCGACCAGGCGUACCAGAUCGCGACGCUGAUCAAGGACUACAUCGAGGCGGUGCGCGGGCCGGUGUCGCCGGCCGCGGCACCGCCUGCGCAUGCGCCCGCGUGACAUCCAGCCGCCUAGUGCCAAUGCUUCCACGUCAGGCACUGAGCGCGCGUGCCGCACGCGUGCCCUCCGACCGCGACACACAGACGGACAGCGAGCUGCACUCACUACCUCACGACUAUUAACAACCGACAUUUACUGACGAAACACACGUCAACACUUCUUUCUUUCUUCAUUUAUGGGUACGAAGUGAGUGUACACGUGGGAACGGUACGCACUUGCGUACUUAAACGCCGAGCACUGAGCGUGAAGUCUCGCGACGGCUUGGUGAAAUGCUCGCAGAAUGGAGACGAGAGGUUGCAACCAAUCUCUUAGUUAGUGAUGGAAAAAUAAUUAUUACAAUGGCGACAUGCUCAAGUAUUUGUAACCGCGACGCCGAGUACGAUAGAGUAUGAGGCGCGAUGAAUAUUUUUAUUUAUUUAAUUGUUAAUUUAUUUAAUUGUUGUUGUUUAAACUUCAAUUUGGACAGGUCAAGCGAAAGUGGUGUACGGUUUUGUGUGACAGGAUGGACGAUUUACGUAGCCGGAAGACGGGGAAGCAAAAAACACAUUCAUAGAAAGUAAUUCAGAAAUUUUAACCCUCUAAAAAUAGGUAUAUAUUCCGAUACAUCUUCCUUAAUAUAAAUUAUCGCCAGUAUUAUAACUGUUCUAGUGUAUUGAUGUUGCCGUUUAGACGUAUUGAAUGUUAAGUGUUAACAUUGGAGUUGGAUGAGUAGAUAGUGAUUUAAAUCAAUCUUUCCUCCCCUAUUGCUCUACGGUUUACUUGUAAGAUCUUAUUGUAUCAAUAUUUCGAUAGAUUACCAUGUUAUUAAUGGAUUGAUAAUAUCGAUACUAGAUUCGUAGUUUACCCUACCCACUUGCGUAUUCCUUCAUGGCCGAAAUUAAUAAAUAAUCUCUAUAGCUAAUCUAUAUCCAAAUCAACCUUGAAAAUAAACGUUACAAUGAAUCUUUAUUGUGAUUACCGCAUUCGAUCUUGAUAUAUCGAUAGGUUGUUCAUUAAUUUCGGCUACUACAUGUCGUAGGUUUUGUAGUGAAGUACUCGUUUGUACAAUUGUUUUAUUUAUCCUCACAUUGAACUACAUUUCGUGAAAUACGCCAUAUAAAAUAGAUUAUCGAUAACAAAAAUAGAUUUCUUCCUGUAUAAAUAAUAAAGCGUUUGAAUUAUGAACAAUAAUAAUUUUGUGAGUGUAUGAUGCAUCAAAUCGAUGUUAAAAUAUAUACACUACAAAAGUAUAAAUAUAUUCAGACGUUACAUUCGUUUCCUUUAUAUAUUUGUAUACUUGUCUUCUGCGGUUGGUAUACACGUGAUGUAUGCUUGAAUAGUAUGCAAGCUUCUAAAUACAAUCUAUUAUAUGCAUACCAUUCAAAUGUUCAGUUAAGUGCAUAACCACCAUUAAAUAUAUAUUGCAAUACUUAUUUUGUGCCUUGUACAAAUCCUUAAUAAUAAUGCUGCUUGCCAGCCGAUGUCUGAAAUAUGAGUCUUGUUUGAACUAAAUAUUGGAUGAGGCGACCGGCAUGCAUUAUGCAAUGUGUAAAUUAUUUAAUGAGCAAUUUGUGAAAAAAUAUUGUGACUGCAAAAUGAAUACUGAUUGUUUAAAAUUAUAACUUCUAUUAUGCAUAUUGUAUUAUAUUGCACAAUGUUAUGUCUCAAUAUUUUAUAAUAUAGUAUAUAUAAAUAUGAAAUGGUAUAUCUUGGAAUAUAAUGUUAGUAUAAUGAUAUUAUUGUGCCGUUCUGUUUGUUUGCGCGGGAAACCUACGCUAUAGCUAUUAUUGUCAAUUUAUCCACGGCACUUAGAGCAAUUCCUGAAUUCGAACCUGCGCAGGAGAACAGAACGGAGACAGGUUUUUGUCGUCGAAUGUAAAAAUAACCGAUUAUGGUGUACUGUCUCAAACGUUAUAAAUUUGUGAUCGGUCACGACAGUUGUUUUUGAUGUAAGCGCUAUGCAUAGUCGUAGCGAACAAAUAACUAAACGAUAUUUCCUCUUACUAAAUAUGUAGGUCUAUUUGGUGCUUAGGUGAACAAUAUUCGCUUAGCUUGUGUUUCUGAUCUCAUAUUGAGUAUUAUUUAUUAUAGAUGCCAUAUGUUGUUGAAGGGCGAGCAAUAUUUCAUUAGUUAUUUAUUUUACAUUAAUAUUUGACCUGACUUUGUAUAUACAUGGAAGACCAAAGACUCGGAAUCGUCCCUUUGAAUUUCUGAAGAACUAAUUCAUUUUAGACACAUGUAAAUAGGCAGUAAUUAUAGAAUAUGAUAUACUUAUUGACAUGAAAUUCUUGUAUUAUAGGAGCUGAGACAAAUGCAAUAUUUGGCAUUCACAAAAGUAAUUUUGGCUUCCGGCUUAUGAUGUUGAAGUCAAUUUUCAUGUUAUCUAAGUGACUGUAUUUAAAUUCUAAAUCUAUUAUAGAACACAUUUUCUAUUUAUUCAGCACGAACCAUAGACAAUAUUAUAGCAUAGUUUCGGGAUGGUGCGGUAUUUAGACAAAACAAAAUGUUAUAUCAUAAGAAUAGUGCAUUUUGAAGUGUCUUAAAUGCCUUUUUAUCUCAUGAAUACAUUCUGUUAGUGGUAAGUUUUAAUUAAUUUAGGAUAAUUUAAUUGUAAACCAUGCAAGAAUCACAACACACGAGUGUUCUAACGAACCAUCAUGCAUACUGCCCAAAUAGACUGAAAAUGUCCAAAUAUUUUAUCCUUUUUUGAUGAUUUGUUUUUGUUACAUUGUGUAUGGAAUUUUACCCUAUUAUUUGAAUGCCAAAUAAAGAACAACAAAAUAA